CAGCAGUGAGAUAUACCUAGCUAAUCGGUCAGGAUGCAGUACCAGGCGGCGGUGGCGUGGGGGUACAUGGCGGCGGCGAUGGAAGGGCUGAACCGGGUGGAGCGGCUGGCGUCGGAGAGCGCGGUGGUGGUGUUCAGCGUCAGCACCUGCUGCAUGUGCCACGCGGUGAAGCGGCUCUUCUGCGGCAUGGGCGUCAGCCCCGCCGUGGUGGAGCUCGACCACGAGCCCCACGGCGAUGACAUGGCCCGCGCCCUCGCGCGCCUCUUGGGCUGCCACGGCCCUUCCGCCGUCGUCCCCGUCGUCUUCAUCGGCGGCAAGCUCGUCGGGGCCAUGGACCGCGUCAUGGCCGCCCACAUCAACGGAUCCCUCGUCCCCCUCCUCAAGCAAGCCGGCGCUCUCUGGCUCUAGCUAGUAAUUAAUAUAUCGUAUACAUCAACGAUUAAUUUGUUAAUUAUGAUUAAUGCUGUUAAUUAGCUAGCGAGUGUGUGAGCUCUACUACAUAGUCAUUUGACAGAGAGAUUGAGAGGAAGAGGACGGAGUGGGUUUUAAAUCGGGUCCUCCAUUUUGGGUACGUGUGCAUGCAAGCAAGCAAGCUUUUCUUUAUCUUGUGACAGUGUAACGCUUUGGUUGCCGAUAUAUAUCAUCCUCAUUUUUAUACAAA